AUGGAAGAGGGAAAUCACUCGGAGGUGACUGAGUUCAUUCUCUCAGGACUGACAAAUCGUCCGGAGCUGCAGGUACCCCUGUUUGUGUUGUUCCUACUGGUUUUUGUUAUCACCCUGAUGGGGAAUGGGGGGAUGAUCUUGUUAAUCAAGAUAGACCCCAGACUCCACACCCCCAUGUACUUUUUCCUUGGAAAUUUGUCUUUCUGUGAUUUCUGCUAUUCCUCAACAAUUGCUCCUACAAUGUUGCAGAAUUUCUUAGCUGAGCAGAAGAGCAUUUCUCGCACUGCCUGUGCCGUGCAAAUGUAUUUAUAUUUCUUUUUUCAAGAUAUUGAGUGUCUCUUGCUGGCUGUGAUGGCGUAUGAUCGUUAUGUGGCCAUCUGUAACCCGCUGCUCUAUACAGUCACCAUGUCCAGGUGGCAUUGUAACCUGCUGGUAGCUGGGGUGUGUGGGGUGGCAUUGGCAGAUGCAACAACAGGCACAUACUAUUUAUUCCAGCUCUCAUUCUGCCGCUCCAAUGUCAUCAAUCAUUUCUUUUGUGAUACCCCCCCACUGCUGGCACUUUCCUGCUCUGACACCCGCAUCAAUGAGAUUUUGAUGUUUGCCUUUGCAUGCUUCAUUAUAGUGAGCAGUGCUUUGACUGUCCUCCUGUCCUACGUCUAUAUAAUGUCAACCAUCCUGAGGAUCCGCUCUGCCGAGGGACGGCGCAAAGCCUUCUCCACCUGUGCUUCCCACUUGACUGCAGUGGUCAUGUUUUAUGGCACCCUCCUCUUUAUGUAUUUCCGACCCACAUCAAACUAUUCCAUGGACACUGACAAAAUAGCCUCAGUGUUUUACACGCUGGUGAUCCCCUUGUUGAACCCCCUCAUCUAUAGCCUCAGGAACACGGAGGUGAAAGGUGCCCUGAGGAAAGCCAAGAAUAAACUCUUGACCCAUUCUUGA